AAGGGGAAAAUAUGACGUGUUUCCGAUGCGCUGAGAACGUCAUUCAGGAACGCUGAUGUGUUACUUGCUGCCAUAGCUUGCUGCCUUGCAUGGUGAACUUUGGGCUUGUAUUAAACCAGAGUAUUAAUGUCUAAACAUGCAAUAACGGGAAUCAAUAAGGAUACGAGUGUUUAAACGCGUGAAGGACACCACAGAGAAACGGGAAGAAGCCGAGGACAUGGCGCCUAAAGGCAAGGUCGGCACGAAAGGCAAGAAGCAGAUCCACGAGGAGAACGAGGCGACUCUAAAGUUCUACACUCGAGUCAUUCUGGGAGCGAAUGCCAUAUAUGCAGCGAUAAAUCUAUUACUGUUCUACAGCUCGUCCACCUUCUGGACAUGGCUGCUGCUAGUCUUUUCGCUGGUUGUGUAUGUGGCCAGCUACCGGUCCAUGGCCGCCAUGGCCAAGCCAGCCUUUGCAGAGGAUGGCAGUCUGCUGGACGGAGGCAUCGACCUUAACAUGGAGCAGGGCAUGGCCGAGCAUCUGAAGGAUGUGAUCCUACUGACGGCCAUCGUGCAGGUUCUCAGCACCCUCUCCUCCUACUUCUGGUAUAUCUGGCUCCUGGCCCCUGCUCGUGCGGCACAACUGCUGUGGGUGAACAUCCUGGGCCCAUGGUUUUCCGCGUCCUCUCCAACAGCCCCCGAGGAAGUGAACGAGAAGAAACAGCGACGCCAGGAGAGACGACAGAUGAAGAAAUUCUGACCAUGUCCUUUUACUGUUUCUCUUUUUUUUUUAUACAAAACCAUGUGAUUAUCUACAGCUAAUCAGGACAGUUGAAUUAAGUUAUUCUCAAACGAAGUUUCAUUGUGUUAAAAAGCAGUUUGAACACACACACACACACACACACACACACAGACAGCUUCCUAUUGUUCUGCUCCUGUCCUGGCUUUUCUCCCUGUCUGCCACAUUCAUCUCUCUCUCUCUUUCUUUCUUUCUUUCUCUCUCUCUCUCUCUCUCUCUCUCUCUCUCUCUCUCUCUCUCUCUCUCUCUCUCUCUCUCUCUCUCUCUCUCUCUCUCUCUCUCUCUCUCUCUGUCUUCUCUCUCUAGCUGUAAAUCGCUCCUCUCUCUGCCUCCACACGGGGGCAGUGUUCUCAUGACUCUACUCAGGGCUUCCUCACAAAGACAGAGCUGCAUGGUGGGCCGCUGUGAAAUGUAAUGUUGUCCAGUUGUGCAAUUCAGGAGCUCACCUACCUGUCUGCUUUAAACAGAUGCCCUUCCGCGGGAAACUUUAAGUUGGCAUCAGCUGCAUGGCAUGUUCCACAUAGCUGGCAGUGUCUCCUGACGACAGGCACGUCUUCCCUCUGUGUCGUAGGUCUGUGUGUCGCUGGCAUUAGUCUAGUCAUUCUGCAUAUGUUUACAGUGUGUCAAUGUUGACCACACAGUCUGUGAAGUCCCAUAUAUCAAAUGUUAAUUCAGCUGAGGUGGGCCCUGUUGUCUGAGUGUGUGAGUGUUUGUAUUUCUGUCUGAGUGUGUGUGUGAGAAAAACAGGGAGGUUAUUUUCCAAGUCUAGAGCCCUUUAAAGCUAAGAUGUGAGAGCAAGAAUGCAAGAAGAUGAUGAUGAUGAUGAUGAUGAUGAUAAUGGUUACUCUCUGACCCUCGGCAUGGCAAUAAAAGAAUGACUGUUUUGUGCCUACUGCCUCUUCAGGGAUCUGUUUGGUUUGAUGGUUCACCCAUGGCUUUGCUGUGCUCUGCGUCUGGUUUGCGUGAUGGCCUGUGUGUGGUGUCUGUGUUUGGUUGUUGAGGGCACAAGGAGGGGGAGACUGGCUGCAGACACACUGGAUGCAUGGAUCUGGAUUGUCAUAUUUCACAUUUCUUUUGGCUACCCGUCUGUCCAAAUAUGGCUGUUUUUACUGAAAUGCUCUGUGUGUGUGUGUGUGUGUGUGUGUCUGCCUGGAGAAAUCUAUACGGUGUCUUAAUGUACAUACAAAAUAAAUUUCAAUAUAAAACGUA